CGUGACUUAGUUCCCCACUAUCUAAGAGAAGAUCUUUUCCUAAUAUUUAUUAACAUUUAGAUCAUGUUAAUCCUUUCCAUGUUUUUAAUAUUCUCUACCCUGCAACUAGGCUCAAACAAAAUCACUAACCUGCUCGAGAAAGGGCAGGCCGAAAAGGACGGGUUCAAGCCAUUUAGCCACGACCUGAAACUGCGCGACGCUGCUGCGCCCGUUAAGGCGUCCGUCCAGGUUAAAACAAGCUCAUCGACGACGGACGGUGCGGCGCUCAUCACAUCAUCUGUGAUGGAGGAUAACACCAAGACACUUAUUGAAAGAAGAAGUGAUAUCGAGACACAAAGACUGUGGACAGUUAUGGGAGCAUGGAUAACAGACAAGUGCGCCAUCAAGAUAACAAGCGGGAAGGAUCAGGAAAUCGACGUAUCAUUCAACCUAGGCGCUACGGGGAUUAGAAAGCUGGGUGCGGGCGCCGGGGCCUUUAACAAGCUUAAGCAGGAGGGGUGGUGGAUAUAUUCCAAGAAUAAGAUAUUUCCAGAUUGCUCCUCUACCAUCCUACUAUUGGAUACUGAUGGCAUGCAGAAAAGCCAGGGCUACGUUAUUUCAUUUACAGAAGUUGAGUACUCACUUCAGUCUCUCCACAAGCUGAGAAACACACCACUCAUGGUAUAUAAUGAGACAAUCAGCCUACCCCCUAAACGAGACCAACCUGGGUCCGCGAAAAAUGAGCAUCGAAUGGCUCUGUUAAUGAAGUUAGCGCAACUUCAUCAAGUUGAAGAUAAGGAAGAGAAGGAGGCGGAGCUGCGAAGGCUGGUAGAAGAGUAUCCCGAGAUACACAAUCUUCAUUCGAAGUCUCAGUGA